UCUUUCUCAUGGCAUUAUUGAGUCCCAGGUGAAAUCCACCUGUUAUCAAACACUUUUUUUGCCUGCCUGUCAUUCUUCAUCAACCUCAAUCCCCACAAUCUCACAAAUACUAUUCCCACACAUUUCAGUUUAUCAAUUACUGUUCAUCAAAUUUCCAAGUCCCCCUUUGCUUUCUAUUUCUCUCUUUGGAUCCCUGGUGAAAACAAGAAGAAAACAAAUCAUCCUGAAAACAGUUUCAGCUUCUUCUACUAAUUUCUUCAAAAAUCUUUGUAUUUCUAAUUUACAUUUUGCCUUUAGACGUUCCAUUUCUGUUCUUCAAGCUGUUUAAAACGCUUAGAAGAAAAGUAAAAGGAUCGAUCAUCAUAUCCAGUAGUUUCCAUAUGGAUUCUCUUCAGGAUUUUGAAACCUCGAAUACAAACCCUUCCACUGCUUUAACCCCGAAUUUCCCUGCAAACUUUUCCAUCACCACCAUGACCACCACCACCAUCUCAAACCCAUCAGUCACGGCCUCCUCCUCCCCUUCCUCCUCUGCCUCCACUUCCCCUUCCACUCUCAGCCGCUAUGAAAACCAAAAGCGCCGCGACUGGAACACUUUUGGGCAAUACCUGCGCAACCACCGCCCUCCUCUCUCCCUCUCACGUUGCAGCGGGGCCCACGUCCUGGAAUUCCUCCGCUACCUUGAUCAGUUUGGGAAAACCAAAGUCCACGGUCCACUUUGCCCGUUCUUUGGUAACCCUAACCCUCCAGCUCCAUGCCCCUGCCCUCUCCGCCAAGCUUGGGGAAGCCUUGAUGCUCUCAUCGGACGCCUCCGAGCUGCCUUUGAGGAACAUGGAGGCAAGCCUGAAGCAAACCCUUUUGGAGCUAGAGCUGUUAGGCUUUACCUACGUGAGGUUCGUGAUUCACAGGCUAAAGCCAGAGGCAUAAGCUAUGAGAAGAAGAAAAGAAAGCGACCCCCUCAAUCUCAUCCACCUCUUCCACAUCCCAAUCGAAACCAAAAUCAGUAAGAAAAAAGAAGAAUAAAAAAGAAAAGACGUUAUCAACCAGCUGCAUGGGAAAAGAACAUGACUUUUCCAAUGAUGCUUCUUCAGCUUUUCUUAUUCAAGUUAUCCCAUCUUCAUUAGUAUAUAUAAUCUGCAAUAUCGGAUCCUAUUGUCUUAAAAUCCUUUUCCUUUUGUUAUUUUGUCAGAUAUUGCUCGCUCCAUUAAUGGAUACUACCCUACAUCUUUAUUAGUAUUUCUUUGUUUUUUUACUAUGAUUAAAACAGUAGUUGUUUUUACUAAUAGUAGUAGCCGUAGCAGUAGUACUGUAUCUACUAUUUCUAGCAAUUAAGAUCUAUGUGACCAAACAUCCAAAAUAUUACCAUUGGUAUGUACUUUUGAUAAGCCAUUUAUGACAAAUAAUAGA